GCGGAUGUCAGACCAGUAGAGACCGUAGAAGAAGAAGAGAGGAAGUAAACACCAGCAGCUUCCUGUGGUUAGCAGCAGUGAGCGCCUCCUGCUGCCUGUGAUGUCAAGGUGAUGUCAGAGGGAUGCCGUCACUGGAUCAGCGGUACCGUGACAUCAGUCCAGUGACGCUACAGGUGGUGGGCGGGGCCGUGAGCUCCAGCCUGUACUGCGGAGAGGUGGAUGGCGUGGGCGGCGGCUUGGUGGAGUCCUUCCUGGUGGAGCUGUACCGCUGUAAACUCUGUCAGUUUACCUGCAGCCUCAAGACUUCCAUCAGUAGCCACCAGCUGCUCAGGCACCGCCCACCCACGCUCACCUACCUGGAAGACACCUGUGGAGAGGGCGGGGCUGAGGAAAGAGGCGGGGCAGAGUUGCAGAGAGGGGCGGAGCCCUAUCAUCUGGACCUGAACGAAGAGUCGAAGGAGAGCGAGGACGAUGAGGACUUCCUGCUGUACAACAUGCUGGACAACAUGUCCCCGCCCACUUGUGACAUCAGCAGCGAGGGCGGGCUGCAGGUCGCUCACACCUGCGAGGUCAGCACUCUGUUUGAGGAGGAGCAGGAGGAGGAGAAAGAGGAUGAGGCGUCCAUCUUCCCUCUGAAGGCGGAGCCGGAUCUGUCAUGUCCCAUCGACCCCCCCGCCACCCAGGAGGAGAUAGCUCAGUCCGCCCACCUCAUGACUCUGGGACUUUGUCGAAUCUCUGCCGCCAAACCUCCCCCUCCUCCUGCCCCGCCUCCUCCUCCUCCUCCUCCUCCUCUCGGCGACCCCGCCGGCAGCUUGGCGAGGAGCGAGCCCCCCCCACCACAGAAGAAGAAGAGGCGUCUGCUGUGUCUGCUCUGCCCCCUGAAGCUGCCGUCACGCCGCCUGCUGGACGUCCACGUCCGCUCUCACUGUGCCGCCGGAGGGUUCAGCUGCGUCUCCUGCAGCUGGAGGUGUGAGCGGUGGGCGGAGCUGGAAGCUCAUUGGAGGAGGCAUCGCAGGAAGAGGAGGGGGCGGGAUCAGAGACAGGAAGUGGAGAAGAAGAAGAAGAAGAGGAAGACGAAGUCGCAGAUGUUCGGCUGUCCCGUCUGUAUGAGGAUGUUCAGAAGCUCCGCCUCCAGAGACACACACAGAAAUACACAUGAUGGCUGUGAGCAGCGUUUCCAUGACGACAACCCAGAUGGACAGAGGAACCGUUUGAUUGGACGAGCAGAGAGAAGCAAGGCGGGGCCAUCGACCAGGUUUGUUCCCAGUCAGACCAGUGGAUCUGCUCCUGCCUCCUUCCAGAGCCUCACAGAGACGAGGAGGAAAACACGCCCAGAGGAAGGAGAACACGGCGAGGAGGCGGGCCUGUACUGUUCUCUGUGUGAGAGGAAGUUCUCCUCCAAACUGACUCUGAGGCGUCACCUGAGCGUCCACGGAGGAGUCAAACCGUUCACCUGUCCACACUGUUCCUACAGCAGCCGACUGAAGGCGUCACUGCUGCAACACCUGAGGACCCACACAGGUGAGAAGCCGUACAGGUGUGCUCAGUGCUCCUACGCCUCGAUCGACCGCAGCUCUCUUCUCCGUCACACACGCACUCACAGCCAGGAGCGACCCUACAGGUGUGACCUCUGUGACUACAGCAGCAUCCAGAAGAAGAGCCUGGACCUUCACGCUCGCCGCCAUCACACCGGAGAGGCGUUUCCAUGCCAACAGUGCAAGUACUCAAGUCCGGAUCCUCAGCUUCUGCUUAGACACGUCCGCAGACACCACGCCCCCUCCAAGCACACCGCGCUCUGAUUGGACGGUGAACCUUGGUGAUGAAGUGUCUGAUGAAGAGGUCAGAGGUCAGUUUCUUGAUUCUCAGAUUGGUUUGGAACCUCCUGAAGAACUCUGAAACGUUUCCUCAUCAGUGUUUUAGUUUCAGACUCUCUGAACAACCACUCUAAACUCAGACGGAUCAGCCCCUCCCAUCAGGGUUCUAUGCCCAUAUAAGGACGGUCUCUUCCUCCCGAUGGCUGCCAUGGCCUGGUGUGAACAUGUGAUGUCACUUUUCUAAACGUGUUUUUCUGUUUGGAUUUUAAAUAAAAUGUUUAUUUUUGA